CUAUCGGUCGAAGACCGUGGCUGAGAUGACAGCCCCCAGCACCGCACGGGCCAGCCGAGUCGUCUCUGGGAAGCGGUCCUUGAAGGCACCAAACUUAUGCACACCAGACGCAACCGACUCGAAAGUAUUGACCUCCACCACCACUGCAACCAAAUGACAGGAGAGGACAGCAGAUGAGAGGCAUUGCACCAUUCACUAGCUGGGCUUGGGCUGACCAAUGUUGUUCGGGGCGGGGAGGCUCCCCGAGAUGCUAAUCCACGCAACGAAUGAGUGGCGGGCGUCUGUCAGGACGAGACGACGACAACCUACGCAGUGAAUGGGGCGGUAUGAUGUCGUGGUGAUGCAUCCCUCCACUGGUGUGUGGGGCGACUGUCUCAGCAGGGUGUCCAACCGACCGUUGUCAGCAUGCCUGACCAGUAAGUAAAGACAGACACACAAACAAUCACUCCCGUGUCGCGACAAUGCCCAUACAGACUGAUGCCCCACCUCGCCUGUCGACGUCACGUCUAUGGGUUCUCCUGAAACGCUGGACGUGGUGAGUCCUGUCGAAGUGGUCGAGGAUGAUGUGUUUGACGAACGACGACACGGAUGGGUCGUCGACAGGAGCAAACAGCUGCGGCUGCCAUCCCCGGCCCGAAUGCGUGAUCCAUCUGCGGACGGGCGGGUCAUGUGGCUGUCGGUGCUGCUGGUAGGUCUGGCGGGUCGGGUUGAUGGUCAGCUCGUAGCCGGCCUCGUCUUUGAUGGCCCGCAGUGUGGUGCACGGGAACAGCUGGAGGGUCACGCCGUCGCCGGAGUCGAUGUGGGGGCCGACCAUCCUGAGCUGAGCCAACACACGGGGAGCGGACAAAUACGCCUGCACACACGACACACCAUACGCCCAUUGAGAGCCAUCCUUUCUCUCCCUCCCUCCCUCGCUCCCUCGGUUGGCUUACCGUCUGGUUUGGGUAUUGAUGCAGAUCGUCAGCGGUGAGCCUCACCGGCAGCUGGCAGUUGCCGCACUGGUUCGCCAGCUCAAUCACCUCGCCCAUCGGACUCCAGCCGCCCGCCUCCGUCACGCACAGCGCCGCCAGCAGGUCACCCACGCCCAUCUGCUGCUGAUCGAAUGUCAGCAGCUGCACUACACGCCCAUUCACCGUCCGCCACAGCCCGGCCUGUGUGCUGACUUCACGGCCCAGCCGCUGCCGCAGCUGAGGCGCUCCGAAGAGGCCCCUGGCCCAGCUGCAUGUCUUCCUCAGACGCAGCACAUCCCGCAGCAGAAAAUCGCUGCCGCGGUGGGCGCAGACGUACCACACCGGAUGCUGCUGCUGCUGCUGGGUGUGCUGGCUGGGGGCCGUCAGAUCUGCCGACAGGGAGCUGCCGCCCCCCUGGUGCUGUUGCUGUGACUCUGCCGCACCCAUCGAACCACCUGCAGGCACCACACAGCACAGGACGGUAUGACGAGAUGCAAUCAACCGACAGCAGCCGGUGGUUUGCGUACCUCCACUGUGUCCACCACGAGCAGCAGCAGCAGCAGCAGGGUCGAUGUCUACGCGUCUACGCUUCUUGGCGCUGCCGUCAUCAGCAGGCACCUGAACAGCGAAAUACAUCAAUGACUUUGUGUGUCUGUGUGGGUGUGGACCUGUGCGUACCCCGUUGCUAUGCUGUCUGUUGCUGUCGGUCUCAUUCGGUCCCGCAGCACCGCCCGCCCCCCACUGAGCCGCCCCGCCGUCGACAUCCAUUCGCUGACAUAAACACACACAGACACAGACACACAGAGGAAUGACCGACUUGUGUGUGCCAUCCAGUGGUCGGUGGAGCCUUACGCGUCUGUUGUGGUUAGUAGACGUCUGUGUCAGCUCACUGCUGAGGGCCGAGUGGGCGUCGGCGAGGUUCGUCAGAAGACCCAGCAGCCGGCGGCCAGCCGCCGACGCAGAAACCUGUCAACGGCAACAAACACGUGAGAGAGAGAUGCGAAAGACAUCUUUGUUUGACAUUCCUUUUGCAGGCGGACCUGUGUGUAGUUGUGUUGACUGCGUUGGAUCAGCUCCCUCGCCCGCCGAGCCGGCGCGGCCAUCUCACAUGCGAUCUGAAGGCAAACAAACCGGCAGGCAGCACAAAGAAUGAUUGAUUGGUGUGUCUAGCGCCUCCCUCCCUCCCUCCCUCACCGAUUGGAUGUGUUCUAUGACGUCUCGCAAGCUAUCGUCCGACAAGUCGCCCCGCCCACCUGCACCACACACGCCAUCACCACACAUAUACAAGACAUCUGUGGGUUCAUUGUGUGCGUCAUCAUCGCCCACCUCUCGAGGGAGCCGGAGCGCCGUGGCUACUGUCCAU